GAUCCACCGCUCCGGUUCCGUUGGCAUACAUCGCGCCUGGAGUGGCCACCACCGCUGAUCCCAGUGCCGACUGUAUGUUUUAUUACACUAGGCGCUCUCGGUACGGCGACGCAUUACAAUAAUAAUUGUCCACUCGGCGUCCAUUGUAAUCGGAGAAGUGAACACUUUCGUUGUAUUGUGUGUACUGUAAUUUGUUUCUUUUAAGUAAGCCGAUCAACGACAACGUUCCAUCUGCCGGUCGGACCUGUGGAAAAAGUGUCAUCCGCGGACAUCUCUCGGUAUCUUUUAAAACGUGUAGCACAGUACGACAUGAAUCCACUCGGCUUAUCCGUGUUAUUGUAUUGUUUUAUAUCUUUUAGUGCUGCUAGGCCAUCAGAUGUAGAUAAUUUAGAAGAAACUUCAAGAGACUCCAAAGGAGAUAAAUUUUUCCAGCAUGAAACCACGGGAGAAUGGCCAAAUACAGAUUCUCCGACAACAAUUCAAGCACUUGCAAAAUUAAAGUCUAUAGCACGUCUUCAAAUGGCUAAUCACAAGGAGGCUGAAAAAAGCCUUACACUUAGUAGGGAAGAAAUGGAGGCACUUAGGGAUUUAUUAAACGACAACCUUCAAAAAUAUCAAAAUUUUCAUACUCACUCACAAAUCAGAAGACCAAAUGAUCCUUAUAUAGGCCAAAUACUGAAUAAUUUAAACAGUUUGAAAAAUAGACAAGAUUUUGUUCAAAAUGAUGAACCACAUAAUAUUCCUGUACGUAGAAAGAUUAUUAAACAUACAGUAUUCAUGACGCCUAAUUUGGGUUAUGGUUAUCAAACAAAUCAAGUUACACCCUCGUUUAAUCAAUAUGCGCAAAAUAGCCAGACUGGACAAAGUAGCGAUCAAAAUUCUAGAAUUUGGUCUCCUUGGGCUGAGUAUUUUCCAAUUCUCAUUAGAGAUCCACUUCAGGGUUUCACAAACUAUUUCAGCGAAACUAUAGAGUACGGUCCAGAUGCUGAUAUAUGUAAAAAGGACUCUUCUACUACUGAAGUAAAUAGUGUAAGCAAACGACACCAAAAUAAUGAUGCCAUUGAAAAUAAUAAUGAAAACUUGGUUAGAAAACGAGAUUAUUCAAAUCAAUUUCCAAACGAUCGUAGCCAAGACCACUCGAUAAGAUUUCCAGAAGACGAUUCACGUCAAAGCAGAACGAUGGAAAAAACCAUCGAGCCUACAGCAAAAUCUUUAAAAAGAUCUCGUCGAAAUGUGGACGAAGAAAAAGGAGUAUUGAAUAACAUAAAACCAUUUCGACCACAGACCACUACGACUGUUGCAGCGGAUAAACUUCAAAAAACUUGGAUUCCCUAUAACCCAAAUGAACAUAAUGGUGAUACAGGGCCUCAAAUCAAACGUUUAGUUGUACGAAAAGGAGGUGUUGCUAUAGCUGGGCCUGGAGGAAUAGCAACUGCCGGAUCUGGAGGUACAGCCAUUGUUGGACCUGGUGGAUCAGCAUAUAGUUCUAAACACUCAGCAUCCGGGUCUACAUCAGAAAAUAUACCAGCUGGGCCAGGUGGUAUAUCGAUGGCUGGAUAUGGACCUAACGUAGUUUCACCACAGUUUUAUUCAUAUCCAAUGUAUCGCAAAAGUUUUGGACGUAAGUUGAAAUCCAAAAAACUGAAACAUGACAGUGCAACAGCUGUGUUAUCUACAGAUGGUGUUGCAUACACAUUUCCGGUGCGUUCCCGUGGACUUACAGUAGAAGAUAGUAAAAAUUCACACUCGGCGUCAACCGCUAGAGAAAUCAAAUUGCCAGAUGGUGCUAAAAUCAUAGCAACCGGCCCGAUUGUUUACUAUAACCCAGAAAACCCUUCCAAAAAAAAAUCCAGAAAAGAAAAGAUAUCAAAAACAUUUGAUGAUUCAAUCGAAAAAUUAUAUGGCCAUAUUAUUUCCCCACAAUCAGAUUAACGAAGUCUGUCUGGAUUAAUAGUGUUUGUUCCUUGAUAUAAGACUGUAUAGUUAUUGCUCAUAACAUAGUAUCACAGAUAUCUUAUCUGUAAUAGUAUUAAUUUUUAACUUAGUUUUGGUAUUAGAGUACCAACAGUAAUUAUCGUUCCAUCAAACGCAUGUUGAAUACAUAUUCUUUUAAAUAUUUUCCUGUGUUUAUUAAAAUAACUAUUUAAUUAAACUUAUUUUUCUUUAAUUUUAAUUAUAAGCAUUUAAUUAGAGUAUAGAAAGUCUCACUAAUUUACUUAGCGUUGAUAACAAAAAAAAUUAGUCUUACUGAAACAUCACAUAUAUUAAGUAACUUAUGAAUUGUGUAAAGUAUUUUCAUUAAAAUAUGUUUAAAUUAGUUUAUUACAGUAAAAUAUUACAAAUAGUUGUUCAAUCAUUGAAUGGUGUCAUAUGGAAUAGUUAAUGAUUUUAAAAAAUAGGCUAUUAAUUAAUGAAUAUAAAAUAUAUACAGUAUUAUAUAUAAGUAUACACUAUACUAUCUUGAAAAUUUUUUUCUAAUAUAGUUUUUUUUAUAAAGUCUAGGUCAUUAUAACUCUUAAUUAAAUAGUUGAUUAACGUUAUUUAUAGUUACAAAAAGUAUUGUAAUCCUUAAUGUUAAAAUUAAUUAAUAUAUCCAAUUUAAUCUUACCGAAUUAUUAAAUAUUAAUAUUUAUUAUAUUUUUACAAUCAAUUAUAUUUAUUGGUAAUCAUUGAUUAGCCUAG